AUGAAAGAAAGGUUUGGUAACAUACAAGAAGUUGUGAAUCUUCACUAUAACACCCUCAUUAAUUUGGCUGCACCUAGUAACAAGACUGAAAGUCUACGACUCUUUUUGGAUUCAGUUGAAAAACACCUAAGAAGUCUCGAUGUUUUAAAGCAGGAUGUUAAUCAAGACGUCUUUAUCUCUAUGAUCAAAUCGAAACUUCCAAAGGAUGUGUUGUUGCAACUAGAACUACGCAGACAAACUGGUUCAGAGUGGACAGUGAGACAAUUACGAGAUUGUUUGUGUGCAUAUAUAGUAGCGCGUGAACGUACUGACGAAGAUUUAAAAUGUGAAGUGCAAGAAAAGCCGAAGUCACAUGUAUUCCGUGGAAGUUUCCAAAGUAACGACAGGAAAAAGUUCGGACAAAGUCGAUUUAGAGGUGUCGUCGGAACUAAUUCAGCGGAGGUACUUGUCGCAACAAAUAAAUCAACAGCAAAAGAUAAAGGAUACUCUGACAAAUGUAGAUAUUGUGGCAAGCACCAUUAUAGUGACGAGUGUCAAAAGUAUUCCACAAUGGAAGAAAGAAAACAAAUCUUGAAAGACUCUUGUCACAGAUGCUUAAAAGUUGGUCAUAUGUCAAAGGACUGCAAACGGAACAAAGUGUGUGUACAUUGUGGAGCAAAUAACAAACACCAUAGGAGUCUUUGCCCUAAAAAGGUUCCUACAAGGAUAAGAAAUGAGGGAGUAUGUCAGAGGAAUUCACGGAUGUAG